AUGCUCUCCGUCGCCGUCGUCGCGCCGCCGUCGUCGUCGUCGAGCGCCGCGCUCAGCGCGCGCGCGUCCGCGACGUCGCGCGGCGACGUCGUCGUCGUCGCGGCGACGCGCCGCGCGACCGCGACCGCGACGCUCCCUCGCCGCGAUGGCGUCGUCCGCCGAACAGUGCCCCGUCGCGCGCUCGUCGUCGUCGCGAACGUGCGCCCGUACACCGUGCGCAAGGGCGACACCCUCGCGUCCAUCGCGUCCAAGCGCGGGAUGUCCGUGGAGGAGGUCAAGCGGAACAACAAAGGCCGAUCGCCGAGCCCUGACGCGGAGGUCAAGCCGGGGGAGACGAUCCUGCUCCCGGCGGGGAAGCUCUCGAAGCGCGACAGCGAGAUCAUCGCGGGGAUCACGAAGAUCAACCAGCCGAGGGAGUAUCCCACGCGGAAGGGCGAGACGAUCGGCGAGAUCAUCGGUCAACGAGGGAUCUCGUUCGAGGACGUCCAGCGGUUGAAUCCGGGGGUGAACCUCGGGACGUUCAACGCCGGGGAACGGUUGAAGCUGCCUCCGGGGAAGUACACGACGCGCGAGAAGGAGAUGCUGCAAGGGUGCGGUAUCUUACCCGCGGAGACGGUGAACCCGCUGAUGUCGAUGAUGAUCCGACAGAACGCGAAGUACGCCGUCGGCGCGGCGGUGUUCAUCACGAUCUACGCGAUGUACUGUCGCGCGUGUUAUCGGUAUCAGAAGUACGGGAUACGGCUGUGGGGGAACGAUAAGCCGGAAAAUUUACAAGACUGA